UUAAGUCCUUGGCUAUUUUUAUUUCAACUUAAUGGAAAAUAAAAGAAUAUAGAAAUAAUUAUAAUCAAUAUGGUGAAGGACAAGAGACGACGAUGCAGAUUUCUGAAGUUUUGAAAGAGGUACAUUCUAUGCCGCCAAAUAUUGAUUGGAAUACUUCACGUAAUGAUUCAGAUCCGGUUGUCCAAAAUGAGAAGGUUUUGAAGCUUUUUUUACAAUUGGCAGUGCACGCGGCGAAUCGUUUAGCGCGCUUGAGAAAGGAAACCGACAAAGGAUAUGAUUGCAAUAGGCGCAACGACAAUCCACUAAUUUCAACGACAGAAGCCCUCGUAACGCAAUCGCCAUCUCGAGCGAAUUUAGAAUGGUUUGACAACAGUACAAAAAUCUUGAACCACUCGUCUUUCGACGAUCUUGAAAUAAACGCGGAUCAAAAUCAAACAGCUCUUUACCCGCAUUUAAACGAGUCGUUUAAUUCGAGUAAUCUUCCAAAUAUCGACGAUCAAAGCGUUGCACGCACUCCAAAUUCAAAGAUGAACGAUUUAAUUUCAAAAACUGUACAAGAUGUUCUAGACACUUCACCUGAUAUUACCGGACAUAAUCGUAAAGCAUUUAAUUCUGACACUUUGCAAAAGUCGAUCCUCGACUUAGAUGCGGUAAACAACUCGCUCAAUGCUAACGCGUUUAAACCAGAUUCUUGGAAAUCAACAGAAAAUGAUGUCAGCGAGAAAUUGCUUAAUCAAAGUGAUUUAAUAAAGAACAUUACGAAUACAUCGGUUAUAAAUGAUUUAACUAAAACUGUAAAUAAGUUUCUUCCGAAAUCGCAAAACUUGCAGGACUCAACAAUUGGUAUAAGUCAACGAUUAUUUGACACAGAUUUAGUACAAAUUGUUCCAAAAAUUAUUAGUAAUGUACAGGAAAAUGCGAAUCAACAUACUCUGCUGCAAAAUAUACUACAACAUACGCGAGAGCAGUCAGACAAGAUCGACGAUAUAAACCAAAGAUUUCUUGAUCCAAUUAAGAAUUUCAAGAACGUUUCGAGUCCGCAAGUUGCAGAUAAUUUGCCCGUAGUAAAACAGAUUUUAUCAAACACGAGAAACAUUGUGGAAUCGAUGAUUGAAGUUUUACCGGAGGCUGCAAAAAACGCAAGUAACUUACUGAAUCAAAUUCCGCGAUCUCAGGAAAACAUUACCGAGGAAUACACUCAACUGGAGCAAAGUAAAACCGCUGCACACGCAGGCAAUCAAUUUGAUCCGUCGCAUAAUCGACAACACUUAACAAGCAAUGCGGAAAGUCAUUUUCGUGAAGCAGCUGAUGCAUCUGGAGGGAAUAAGUCAGAGACAACUGUUAAUGAUUUGCUGAUAAACGGUGAUAAUUCAACAGCCGGGAGUAAUAAUAAGCAAUAUCUACCUGCAUUAUUGAAAGAUCCCUCUGUUCCGCUUCUCAGAUUGCUUCCGGAUUUUAAUGAACACGAGAACGACAACAGCAAGAUUGAGACCGAUCUUUCUUUCAUUCGGGCAAAUAAUAAUACUAAUAAUUUUACCGAUGAGAAACAGUUGGUAAAGGAUUAUGAGAAAACGGAUCAAGAUCAGAUCCAUCUAGAUAAGACUGAUGAAGAGGUGGAAGAAAAAGUCGAAGAAUUGAAGAAGAUGAACAAGCAAUUAAAUCCAAUUUCGGAAGACUUACCUCAGAAAAGUGCAGAAAGUGAAUUGACGGACGUUGCAGCUGCUACGUCAACGUCCCCUGAUCAAUUAGAAUCAAAUCCAUUCACAUUAGUCACAAUUAUGGAACGCCAAGCCAAGAGUUCGGUUGCGCAAGAUUCUAAAUAUGUAAACGAUGUUACAAAAUCUGAUCUGGUAGAAGUGAGGAAACUUCGAAAUAAUCCUGCUGAUCCGUGUGUUGACGACGGAAGAAAUCGAUCGAUUGAAAAUCAAAUCAUUCAUGUCGACAAUCUGUUAGAAUUUAACAGUUCUUUUAUUGAUGAAUUGAAAGACGGAAACUUGGAUCCGCAGCUGUCAGAAAAAAAAUUGCAAGAAAUCAGUGACCAACUGAUCAAAGCGCUUUGGCCGCUUAUAGAAAGGAGAAUGGACAAUAGUCGAAGUGAUGCGACGGAUCAAAACAAAAAUUCGCCAUCGAACAUAUCUGACGUGUUUUAGGCAAACUCUGCAGACAACAUUCAAAUCACAUAAAAAAUCACGGUCAAGGUAAGGAUGCAUCUUCAUGCUCCCAAGAAAAUCAAGAUCGCAGUCGAAAAAACGAAGCUAUCAGUAAAAGAAGACAAUUAUUCUAUUGUGUUUCAUUUUGUUAGAUAACUAUUGAAAUCUAUCAAAUGUCAGAGAAUAGAGACUAAUAAAUGGAAUAAAAGCUAUCUCUAAUUGUAAAACAAA